UAUACGGUAAUGCUUAACACUACCUUCCCUUCCCUUAAAUGUUCAUAGUAUAUAUACAAAUUGGAAAUCAGAAAAGAAGAAAAACAAACUAAGUCUCCAGAAAAACUCCACCCAAUUUAUUAAAAAACCUCUCAAAUUUUCCUUUAAUUUCAAUCUCAGCCAAAAAAAAAAAAAUGUCGUACUCGGACACGACGAGGUCGCCGGUGCCGUUAUCGGAGACAAGGUCACCGAUGCCGUUGUUGUUUCGGCGGCAUUCCAGCGGUGAAAUACGAAACAUAGCCUCAGUUUCCAGCAGCAUAUUGCCAGCUUUUGGAACUGUGAUUGGUGAAAACUCUAUUAAGCUUAAAAGAUUUGUUAUUGCUCCUUAUGAUCGUAGAUACAGAUUAUGGCAAACAUUUCUGGUGGUACUGGUGGUGUACUCAGCAUGGUCAUCUCCCUUUGAGCUGGCAUUCAAAAACGCAGCAACUGGAGGACUUUUGCCAGUUGAUUUAGUGGUGGACGCCUUCUUUGCUAUUGACAUUAUUCUCACUUUCUUCGUUGCAUAUUUGGACAAAUCUACUUACUUGCUUGUCGAAGAACACAACAAAAUUGCUUUCAGGUACAUAUCACAUCUAUGGUUCCCAAUGGAUGUAGCUUCAACUCUACCAUUUCAAACCAUAAACCGGAUCGUCACUGGAAAAAUGAACCGAGGACCAGUCUUUGGCUUCCUCAACUUGCUAAGACUGUGGCGACUGCGUCGUGUUAGUGAAUUCUUCUCAAGACUGGAGAAAGACACUCGAUUCAGCUACUUCUGGACAAGAUACUGUAAACUUAUUUGUGUAACGUUAUUUGCAGUGCAUUCAGCAGGGUGUUUCUAUUUCUGGCUGGCAACACGUUAUCAUAAUUCAGAGGAUACCUGGAUUGGGAAAAAUAUUCCUGAUUUCAAAACAAAAAGUAUCUGGCAAGGAUACACCUACUCCAUGUAUUGGUCUAUUACCACCCUCGCAACAGUUGGCUAUGGCGAUCUCUAUGCUGUGAAUACGGAAGAGAAGGUUUUCACCAUCUUUUACAUGCUUUUCAACAUUGGACUUACUGCCUACUUAAUCGGCAAUAUGACUAACCUUAUUGUCCAUACUGCUGUCCGAACCUUUGCCAUGAGGGAUGCGAUCAAUAAGAUCCUGAGUUAUACAAGCAAGAAUAGAAUUCCUGAAGGACUAAAAGAGCAAAUGCUGGCACAUUUGACACUAAAAUUCAAGACAGCAGAACUACAACAAGAACAAGUAUUAGAGGACUUGCCCAAGGCUAUAAGAUCUGGCAUUUCAAAACAUCUCUUCCGUACAACCUUAGAAAAUACCUACCUUUUCAAAGGAGUCUCCGAAGAUUUUAUAAUCCAGUUGGUUUCAGAGAUAAAAGCAGAAUAUUUCCCACCAAAAGUGGACAUUGUCAUUCAAAAUGAGAUACCGACAGAUUUCUACAUAGUUGUAUCUGGGGCUGUGGAUGUUAUAACAUACAAGAAUGGAACAGAACAGUUUCUAUCAAAGUUGGGGUCUCAAGAAAUGUUUGGUGACAUAGGUGUGAUAUUUAAUAUCCCUCAACCUUUCACAGUGAGAAGUAAGAGGCUUUCUCAGGUUGUUCGGAUUAGUCAUCAUCAUUUCAAGCAACUUGUGCAGCCCCUUAAAGAAGAUGGGAAGAUAAUUCUCGCCAAUUUCGUUCAGCAUCUGAAGGGAUUGAAAAUGGAGGAGCUAGCAGAGAUGCCACUCGUAUCAGAAUUUCUUGAUGACUUAGAUAGCGAGGAAGCCACAGUUAUUGAGGCCGGGACACAAGAUCAAGCAGGAGAAGCUCAACAAGAAAAUAUAAUACCUACAACAACUCCUGUCCUGUCAAACACACUUCCUACGAGAGUGAUAAUUCACGGAUAUCAUCCAGAUAAUCGUAGAACAAACAAAGGAGGAAAUGCAGGAAAAUUAAUCCAUCUACCUGAUUCAGUUGAAGAUCUCCUAAGUAUAGCAGAAACAAAGUUUGGGAAAAGAGGAACCAUUAUUGUCAUGGCGGAUGGCUCUCAAGUGGAGGAUUUGGCUGCUCUGCGAGAGGAUGAUCACUUGUAUAUUUUUUGACAGAAAAACUCUUACUAUAUAAAAGAGGAAACAGGUGUACUGAAUGAUAAGCCGAAUCAUUAGAAGCAUAAGAGUUGAAGCUCUGAAUAUAUAGCUUAAGCAAUUCUCUGGAAAAUGUUCCUUCUGUGUCUUAAGAGCAUAUAUUGGCUUUCAACUUUUCAGUGUCCUAUCUAAUUCAGCAGAACUCCUGUCAAUUUUGCUGCA